CGAGGCUGUGGGGCUGCGGGCGGCGGGGAGGGCUCCGCACCCAGCCGGGACCGGGUCCCGGGGGUCCCGGGCCGGGGGGACACGCGGGGCUCCCUCCCGGCUCCCUCCCGGCGCUCCCCGCGGGCUGCGGCGGGGGACACGGUGCCGGUGCCAGCAGCCAUGGGGUUAACGGGAGACAGCGAGCGAGAGAGACGGAGACAGAGAGAGAGAAAGAGGGGCUGGACCAGUCCUCGGCAGCUGUUUAUUUCAAGGCAUCUCUCGCUCCCUCUCCCUCUGCCAGGGCUCAGCCUCAUAAAACCUUCCUCCUCUCCUUCCUUCGUCCUGGCCAUGAGAGGCACCGGCGGCAGCAGCUGUGCCCCCACAGCCCCCCGCUCCGCCAGCCUGGCUGCGCCCCACUCGUCUCCCCGCAAGUGGAAUAUAUCCGUCAUGUGAGGUCAUCGCUGCAUAAGGAGAGUGAAGAAGAUGACACAAGCUCCUUGCUGAACAAAGACGCUGUUGCAUCUGAGAUGGAGCCCAGUGCCUGCAGGAUGCCUCCGCUCCUCUCCUGCAUCCACUCCCUACAGCUUUGGCAUCUUAUCCUCCUGGUCUCGGCUGUCCCUCCUCCUAGCGUCUGGUCUCUUCGCUCUCGGGGCCCGGCGGCCACUCGACCUCUUUGUGCCCGUCGAAGCCCCUCGGCAUCACGGCCCAUUUGCAUCUGGGACAGGACCUCACUGCCAGAGAGGGAUUCUCGCUUUGCCUCACCGCGCCAGCGGGCCCUGGCACCCCGGGGGACAGACCUGCGGCACGUCGUGCGGCUCAGGCGCCAGGCGGCAGGAGCCCGUCCCGCCACCCCGUCUGGAUUUGAGGACGGCAUGCCCUCCUCCCAGUAUCCCUGGGCAAUCGUCUGGGGUCCCACGGUGUCAGAUGAGGAUGGAGGGGACACCAACUCGGCCAACCCUGGCUUUCCACCACUGGGAUACACCUUUGUCUCACCACAUGGGAUGGCAACAGCUCAGCCCAACUCCCACUCGCUCCUGCACAAUGCGGGGCUCAACCUGCGUGAGACACCAGCCACCCUGCGGCCCUUCUUGUUUGGCCCCCGGGGGGAAGGUGUGGAUCCCCAGCUGUACGUCACCAUCACCAUCUCCAUCAUCAUUGUCCUGGUUGCCACUGGGAUCAUAUUCAAGUUCUGCUGGGACCGUAAUCAGAAACGACGGCGCCACUCGGGGCAGCAAAGCAGUGGGAGGCAACAGGAGAGCCAGCAGCCCCUCACAGACCUCUCCCCCACCGCCGUCAGCAUCCUGGGGCCCUACAGUGACUCCCUGACCCCCACACCUGAGGCAGAGGAGUCCAGGCAGGGCCAGGAGUGUGUGGAGAAACUGGGGGGUCAUGGGAAGACCAUGGCCUUCCAGCUCAACCGAAUCCCACUGGUGAAUCUGUGAUGAUCGUGGGAGAGGCAGAGCCGGCUUUCCCCAGCCUCCUGUCACAGCCAGCGAGUGCAGAUUCCCGCCGCCUCUGCUACCCCAGGACAAAAAUGACCUCCUUGUGCCACGGCCCGCCACCACCAUUGUUAAAUAAUUCCACCAGGAGAUGCCUGGGCAAACAGACAAGCUGGGCCUCCUUAGCAUCCUGCUGGGGGAACGUUGGGGACCUCUCCACCCACACAGGACAGGGUGAUGAGAGAGCAGGAUGGUGGGAAGGAAUACAGCUGGUGACACACACACACUCACACGCACACAUACACACACACACACACACUUGGACUCCGUGACUCCCUCACCAGUGCAUGCCAGACAUCGGGGGUAGGUGAGGUGGAAAGGCGUACCCCUGUCCCCAUAAGCCCUAACCCCUCUGUGUGUCCCUUCCCCUGUCGUGUUCUUUGAAGUGAAUGUCUGGAGUUCAGUGGCUGCAGGAUUGUCAGUUUGGGGCUUGGUCUCAUCUGGGCCAGGGCUCAGGUAGUGGCAGGUUCUUCUUUUCCCAAGGCUUUAGUCCUCCCAAGGGUCCUAAGGGUGGGUGAAGCUUGGGCGGUAGAAGCUUACACAGCACGAACUGGCCCCACCUCAGCAACCCAUUUCUUUGAAGGAAACAUUACCUCCUUCCCCAGAUGGAAGACACAUCUUUCCAUUUUCUUUCUGCCUAACACUCCUCUGUUUUUUCUCUUCAGCUUGUAUCCUUGUUCAUCCCCCACUCCCAAUUUUUUCUCUCAGCUCCUCCUCCCACCCCUUCUCUCGCCAGUUAAAGCUGGAAAAAGUUCCUUUAGCUUUUCAAAUAUUUUGAUCUCUUGGAAACCUCUUUGCUGUCCCCCUCCAUCAUCUUUCAGCAAGGUUUUUCUGAAGAACAUCACUCUAUGGUGAAGUUCUUCAGAAAACCUGAGGUGAAGCCCUCUGCCUGUUAAUUAUUUAGCUAGUGUCCUGUACAUUGGGAUAGUGCCAGAGCGGCUAAAGCAUGGCAUGCAGAUAUAUCUGAGCAUGGACAUCUUGAGUUUUUCCAGGCUGAGGUAGGGAAUUCCUUUCAGACACUCACGAUGCAGGCAACAAGCAGCAGAUGUGACUCUCUGUACCCGGGAUGACAAAGAACCAUUUAGACCUGACCUUGGAAAGAUUUGGAGGGUUGCCAUGUGGUGCUGGUAGGCCUCUCCUGGAGUGCAAGUUGACCAGAGACCCAUGAGGUGUUGCUUACCAAGGCCAUGAGAGAGGGAAUAUCUGGGGUGCCAGAUUUUAUCAGUGGCUUGGAGGCUGGCUGGGGACCCCAACCAGUCAGCUGAAACCAGUGGCACAGGUAUCAGUGCAAAUCAGUUGUCUGAGCAUUUGCUUUAGGGUUGUGGUGGUCUGUAGGGCGGGCAGCCACACCAUCAACUACUCGAUUGAGAAAGAUCAGUGCAUCUCAACCUCUUCCUAUGUGUGGACCCACAGUGUCACUCUGAGGAAGUGUGAAAUGGCAAAUUUCAGUCUAAUUUCAGUAGUUCCUGUCCCUUGGCUUUUGCGGACACCUUCAAAAUAAUGCACAGACCCUCACAUUGACAGCCACCAUGCUGAAAUUUAGGCAAGGUUGCCCCUAUACUGUACAAACACCUUCAGCUGCUGUACGGAUGUGUCCAGAAACAGAAAAAUCACCCAUAAUUUGAAGGCCCUAAUGCACCAGACAAGGUCUCUGACAAAAGUCAUUUGGGAGGGGAAAAAAGUGGCCCUUUCAUUCUUUUUCUCUGCAGUAGAAGCCUAUUCUUUAUAGGACAAAGCACAGGGAGUUUCAUAAGAUGCCCGGUUCUGCCCAUAUACCCAGCGGAACUAUUAGGUGAUCUCAGGUCCCAUCUGACUCACCGUGAAGGGCAUUUAAAUAAGAAGGUGAAUUACAAUAAGCUUCACAAAAAAACAGUAGAGAUUUGGAGAAAAUGACAGGUCAAAUAAAAUUACAGACUUAUUAAAAGCCCAGAAUGGCUGAAAGAUGUAGGUGGAAAAGGACUCUGGAGGUCUCUAAUCUAAGCACAGUUGAGUCUCUGUGUAUAGCAGGGGUUAUUAUUGCUUUACUGUUGAUCAAUAUAUUACCCAGCCUUUUCCUUAUUCAGGCCCUAUUCAAGGCUUUAGCAGACAAUCAAGCUGUGGAUGGACAGGAUAGCGAUGGGGGCAGGUGGGUGCUCCUGCCUACUGCCCUGCUCACCACUGCCCCUGCAAGCUGAGGGCAUCUCUGGGCUGUUCCACCUCUCGCUGGCACAUCUGGUGCUGAGGAAGGACAUCUGCACACAACCUGCAAAAGGCGGCACAGCUUAUUGCUGGCAGUUUACGAUAGAAUGCCUCCAACUGGUUUAAGUAGUCUUCCAGACCAGAUUAAUUAGAUUGCAAUUUGAUCAAUAGCGCUUCUUGAAACAAAGCCAGAGUUUAGACUCUACCACUUCAAGGGCUGUUCUUGGACUUUCUCUUUCCAUAUGCUGCGUGGAGAGAAGGUCUAUAAGAAAGUGGCAGGGCACUGCAAGGAGGCAUAGUGGAAACAUUUUGCAGCACUUGAUGCGAGGAAGCCCUGGGCUCUGCUAGCCAGGCUUUUGUAAACUCUGUAACAAAUCAGAAUUCACUGUUUUGGCGCUUUUCUUUUCCUUCCUAUAGCAUGUCUGUUUCUGUUAAAAGUACCUCCAGGGCAUGAAACCUUUCACAGAUGCUGUGGUAAGGGAGGAGAUGGAGAAUGCAGUAAAGAAAAAUCCUGUGAUGACAGAAGUUUGGAUAAGCUGAACAUCUUUUCCAAGACCAAUUUUUCUAGUCAAAUAUGUUUUUAUCACAGUCACUGACUCUCUCACACAAACUGGUUAAUAUGGGAAACAACUUCAUUGUCCUGCCACAACUUUCAUUGCUAUAUUUCUUCCCCAAACAAAACAUUCAAAACACACAUGCAGCCAUACAAGCUUCAUCCAGUCAUUAAAUAAUCUCACUGGGUUUGGCUGGAGCCUUAUAAACCAUCUUCCCCUAUGCAGACUGGAGCCAGAGCAUGUGUGCUGUUUCUUCCCUGACCCAAGCUGAUAUUCUGCCAGAUGUGCACAGGGACAGCUUGACAGCACCAAGUACCAAGCCAGAGCAGAGGCCAGUCCCUUCUCAGUCACAGCUCUUCAGGUUUCCCAGUCUUCUAGGUAUCUGGAGGAGAAAGAUUUGGACUAAGGUUUUCCAGUGGAAAUUUUACAGAGAGAAAAGGUGUGUGGGAAAACUGACUGAAAUGGUUUGUAGCCUUGGGCUGAAUGUGCUCAACAUCUCGUGCAGUUAAAAGGAAAUAUCCAGGUAGGUUGCAUGGGUUGAAGGAACCGAGCCUCUUCUGAGCUCCUGGGGGGCUUUGCUAAUGCAGGGAUGGUCUCUCUGUGAGUGCAGCAGGAAAGAAGGAAGAGCUGGGGGAUGAUCUCUCCCUUCUGCCCUGUAUUGUUUUGGAGCAGAAACUGGAUCUCCCUCUAUUUACCCAGCAGAAUAGCAUGACCACAAGGCCAAAUCCUAUUUGGGCUUUCCCAUCUGGUUGGUUGUGGCUGGUAGGCAGGGUAGCAGAUCUCUAGCAUGUGCUUCCUCACCGCUCCAUAUUCCUCCAGUCCAUAUUCCAGGGACUCGCAUCCAGCCAAACAUCCCAUGACUUCAGAGAGGGCUAUCUACCUCUUUCUCAAUGGCGCCGAAGUGCCCUUGCAAAUCUGGUCCCUUCAUUCCCGAGUCCCUUUCCCAAUAAGGAAAAAUGCUUGGAAAGGAGCAGUUUGUUCAUUCCCUGCAAGUUCUCAAACAUGAUCACCUUCAGACUGUUCUGAAUUAAACUGUGGUUUCAGUUUUUUUUCACUUUGACAAACCACAUCUAUGGCACAGCCUUAGAGCCAAGUCCUGCAACAUAAAAGCCCUGGGCCAAACUCCAGCUCCUGAUUGCAUCCCUGCUGAUGUCUCACUGUAGUCCUGGCCCUGCCUUGGCAAGACCACAGAGGGUGGCACCCUUCCUUCACCAACUGCCGGCUCUCUACUCCUUUUUUCCUGUUGUUUUCCCUCUCCCGCUGUUCUCCCGCUUCCCACUCCUGUCCUGUACCACAGUCUCCCUCCUAGUUAUCUCUCCCCUCCUGCUGUUUCGCUCUCCCCACUCCUCUCUGUUCUCCCUUUGCCAUUUGGUCUCGUUCCGCUGCAGCUCCCAUCCUUUCCUCUGUCCUCCCUCCUGCUCCUCGGCUCAGUCUCGCUCUUCCCCCUUCCCUGCCCUUGUGUGCUGUGAUAUAUAUUUUUGUAGGAUUUCUCUUCUCCUUGUGGUGAAAUAUUCAAUUCUUGUGGGAUGUUAGUUUCAACAUUUUUAAAUAAACCUUUGCAAAAUACUGAAAGCAGAGC